CUUCAGUCAGUCGGUCGGUGUGGAGGAGAGCGAGCGGAGAGGAGCGGCGCACCGGGACCUGGGAUCUGUACUACACACACACACACACACACAGUAUACAACCGACAGACCAACCGACCGACAGGCAGGAGAGGAGCGGAGCAGCAUGGAGCUGUGAGGACCGAGCGGGACCCGCUCCCCUGAAUAAACACUGUUGAUUUGUUUCUCUACCGCGUCUGCGAGCGUUCCCCCCCAACAUGGAGACGACCGCCUGCUGGCUUCUCUUAGCUACGCACCUCAUCCUCAUCUGCCACAGAGUUGAAGGAUAUGCUUACAGGAAUCAACGCAAGUUCUCAGAAGACAUCGACUGGUCGUACGCAGGAACAUUAAACCAAAACAACUGGGCAAAGAAGUUUCCAUCUUGCAGCAACGCCAAGCAGUCUCCCAUCAACAUCGAGGGGCACCUGGCCCAGGUGAAGCUACAGUACCAGCAGUUACAGUUCGAUGGCUGGGAGAGUCUGACAACAGACAGGACGACCAUCAAGAAUGACGGCAAGACUGUUGCGGUGGAUGUGGAUGGAGAGUUCUAUGUAAGUGGAGGAGGCCUCAGGUCAAAGUUCAAGGUUGGACGUAUGACCUUCCACUGGGGGCGCUGCAACGCCUCUUCAGACGGCUCCGAACAUAGUUUGGAUGGAGUCAAAUAUCCUUUAGAGAUGCAGAUCUAUUGUUAUGAGGCCCAGCGCUUUGACUCCUUAGAUGAAACUAUCAAGGCCGGAGGCAGAAUCACAGUGCUCGCUGUGCUGUUUGAGACAACCACUGAAGACAAUGUGAACUAUGUGCCUAUCAUAGACAGUAUCCUCAGCGUGAGCAGAUAUGGAAAGAGCGCUGAGGUUUUGCCCUUCACCCUCCGAGGUCUCCUGCCAAAUUCCACAGAGAAAUAUUUCAUCUACAAUGGCUCGCUGACCACGCCGCCCUGCAGCGAAAUUGUGGAGUGGAUCGUCUUCAAGAACAAAGUGGCUAUCUCUGACGAACAGCUGGAGAUGUUCUGUGAGGUGAUGACAAUGCAGCAGGCCGGAUACGUGAUGCUGAUGGACUACCUGCAGAACAACUACAGGGAGCAGCAGCAGCAGUUCAUGGGACAGGUGUUCUCCUCGUACACCGGCACAGAGGAGGUCCCCACACCAGUGUGCAGUUCAGAGCCGGAGAACAUCCAGGCUGCGCCCUACAACCUCAGCAGCCUGCUGGUGACGUGGGAGCGGCCACGGGCAGUGUAUGAUGCCAGCAUUGAGAAAUAUGCCGUCAGCUACCAACUAGCCAACGCAGAAACCUCUGUCCCCUCUAAAUACCUGACUGAUGGAGACCAGGAUGUGGGGGCAAUACUUGAUGAUCUGUCAGCCAACACCAGCUACGUGAUCCAGGUGGUGGCAGUCUGCACCAAUGGUCUUUAUGGCCGUGUAAGCGACCUGCUGAUGGUUGUCAUGCCCGUCAACGACCCUGAGAAUGCAGUGGAUCCAGAUUCAGAUGAAUUUGACGAUGGGGGCAACUAUGAACCUGAUUUGUUCUGGAAUGAACCUGUACAAACCAAGGAUUAUGAUCUGCCCUGGAUUCCUACAAACUCACUGAGAACCACGACUUCUGGAUCACCUCUUUUACCUUUACCUGGCAUGAGAACCACAACAGGAGAGUCAGCUCAAAGAAAAACCAGCACUGACCCGGUUCCCCCUGUAAGAUCCACACAGUUUGGUCAGGUCCUGAGCCAUUCGGAAGAGACAGCACACCGCAGUACCACUAUACAGCCACCAGAGGUCACCCUGCCACCUGGAAACAGAGGAGAUCCUGACUUCAGUGGCAACACUCCUAUUUUCUCCACAACCACAACAACAGCUAAUGAAUUCAUAAUUUCAACUCCCACUACUCCUUCAUACUCCCACACAAAGACAGAUGAUAGUUUAAGAGGCAUCAGUCCAAAAGGUGUUAAUACCACUAUUCCUACACUUCCCAGUGCAAAGACAAACGGUGGUAGAAGUAUGUCUUCAUACAGCACCACCAUGUCCACUCUUAGGUCUCAUGCCGAUGAUAUGAGCAGCACAACAACAGCAUCAUCCAUCCAGGCAGAGACUGACCAAAGCGGGGCGCAUUCCAAAAACGAAGACACCACCACGGAACGGGAAGGUCUUCCGGACAUCAAAACUUUGACCUCCGGACCUUCCUCCUCAACUGAAGCUGUUACACAUAGUCCCACAGGUCCCAGCAUGCCUCAUUUUUCAUCUACCACGUCUUCUGUCCGGUUGAGUGCUGUUCUCUUGCAGACAACAAAGGCGUUGUCCAAUGGUGAGCGCCCCUCUGUACUCCCCUCCUCUUCCUCCUCCUCCUUCGCCUCCUCCCCUCUGUGUGACACCACGGACCCUGACACAGCCCUCUCCACCUGCCUGCAUGACCCUCCUUCCUCAUCUUGGCCUGUGUUGUCUGCCUCUGCUCUGGACUCCCAGUAUGCCGCUACCGCACCACUGUCUAGAAACGACCUGGCUUCUUCUUUAACCCCUACGUUCACUGCCCCCACCCUGCCUCAACCCCCUCAAUCCUUGCAUCCCUUGUCUAGUUGGGAGACUGACCCCAUCUCUCCCGGUGUUGGGUUCGAUGAUAAUGAUAGUGAUGGUGAUUUGUUGUCUGGGUCUUCAUCUUCGUCAUUUUCUGCAGGUGACCCCUUAGUGUUUAGUGAUACCCCUCCUGUCCAAACAAUCCCGGAUCCGUCUGGCUCCACCGUCACUGCCGAGCUGUCCAAAUCCUCCUGGGAUCCGUUAACCUCAACAGUCACUCUGUCUUUCAGCCCCACCCUUCAGCCCUCAGUUCUUGUUUCCAGUGACUUCUCCCUGUCUGGUGCAACACCAAGCUUAUCCCACUCUUUCUCAACUGGGUUUGAGGACUCAAGGUAUGCCCUGGGAAUCACAAUAGAGUCUGUUCUCCCUGAGGUCAGCGGUGAUGGUUUUCAAUUGGGUAGCGAUGUGGUCACCAUGUGUGGCUGUUCAUUGGAGCCGUCGGCAUCCUCGUCCUGGUUGCAUGCCUCACCUCAUGUCCCCUUGCCGUCCUCAGCCAAAGACUCUGCUAGCUUAGAGCUUUACUCUAGUGUUGGGUUUUCUUCAGCCACUGGUGUUGGUAUAGAUGACCUUCGCUCUCUGUCUGUGGCGGGUUCUGAUGGUUUAUUCUUAGACCAGCCUCUGCUCUCCCAUAGCGCUAUCUCUCCCUCAUUAUCCUCCCUACACUCCCAACUUCUCCAAGCCACCCAUAGUGAACUGCCGAUUUCUGUUGCAGCCACAACGUCUGGUGUCAGGGAUAACUGGAACUUGGCGUCAGAUGGGAACUCUGCCCUCCAUACCUCUGCCCUCCCUUCUUCACCCACAGCCUCCCCCUCCACCCCCACCCCAGACGGAUCGGUGUUAGACACUAGUAGCAGUGCGUCUGGCUCAGCCCUGUUCCCUGAUUCCCAGGAGGGUAUAGAUCAGGAGUGGGACAGGGGUCAAACUUCAGCCUCAGGGGAGAAUGCACUUCCUUAUUUGACCAAAAUUGCAAACACCAUUCCCCCUUCUACAACAUCAGUGUCCGGCCAAACCCCAGAUGAUCUGGAUGAACACUCUUCAGCGUUCUAUUUUGAAAGUGAGAGUGGCAGUGCUGUCACCUCAGAGUUAGGAAGCACUGCAGCUCUAACCACUCCUGCGGUAUCCUCAGCUUCACCCUGGUCAAUGGGUGGGGAGGAUGAGAGCGGCUCAGGACAGGGUGAAAGCCUGUACGACAACGAGAUGUCCUCUGACUUCAGUAUCUCCGAUCGCACGGAAAGAGAGUCGGAGGAAGAGGAACCAGUUGCAGAUGCCAGCAACAGCAGCCAUGAGUCAAGGGUUGGUUCGAUCCGGGAAAGGGAGAGAAAGGCCGUGGUUCCUCUGGCUGUCAUUUCCACCCUCACCGUCAUCGGCCUCGUCGUCCUCAUCAGUAUCCUCAUCUACUGGAGGACCUGUUUUCAGACGGCUCACUUCUACAUCGAUGACAGCUCAUCACCCAGAGUGAUCGCUGCAACGUCCACAGCUGCAUUAACAUCUGAUGAGCAGAAGAAUUUUCCAGUGACGGACUUUGUCAAGCACGUUGCUGAACUUCACAACACCCAGGGCUUCCAAAGAGAAUUUGAGAUACUGAAGGAGAGCUACGAGGAGGUGCAGACAUGUAGAGUGGAUAUGGGGAUGACCACUGACAGUUCCAACCAUCCUGACAACAAACCUAAAAACAGAUACAGCAACAUCCUGGCCUUUGACCACAGCCGGGUGCGGCUCUCGUCGCAAGCUGAUAAAGACGGGAAGGCGGCAGAUUACAUCAAUGCAAACUAUGUGGAUGGUUUUAAAAAGACCAGGUCGUACAUCGCCGCUCAGGGUCCUCUAAAGUCGAGCACAGAGGACUUCUGGAGGAUGAUUUGGGAGCAAAACGUCGGUGUUAUUGUCAUGAUCACAAAUCUGGUGGAGAAAGGACGAAGGAAGUGUGAUCAGUACUGGCCAACGGAGGUGCAGGAGGAGUAUGGUAGCUUUCUGGUGACGGUGAAAAGCAGUAGAGUCCUCGCACACUACACCUGGAGGACUUUCACCGUCAGGAACAACCACACCAAAAAGGGCGGCUCCCAGAAGGGAGGGAGCAACGAGCGGAUGGUGACGCAGUUCCAUUACACCCAGUGGCCUGACAUGGGAGUCCCAGAGUUUGCGCUGCCACUGCUGGACUUUGUCCGCAAGUCGUCCAGAGCCAAGACGGAUGACAUGGGGCCGGUAGUGGUGCACUGCAGUGCGGGCGUAGGCCGAACGGGAACCUACAUCGUGCUGGACAGCAUGUUGAAGCAGAUGAGAGACGAAGGCAUCAUCAACAUCACAGGCUUCCUCAAACACAUCCGCACACAGAGGAACUACCUGGUCCAGACAGAGGAACAGUAUGUUUAUAUCCAUGAUUCUUUGGUGGAAGCCAUCAUGUCCGGGGAGACGGAGGUGGUGGCAGCUCACCUGCACAGGUACGUGGACGAGCUGCUGACCCCGGGGUCUGCUGAGAGGACGCGUCUUGACAAACAGUUCAAGCUGGUGUGUGUCUCGGAUGUGAAGCAGUGUGACUACUCUGCAGCUCUGCAGGACUGCAAUCGCAGCAAGAACAGAAACUGCUCUGUGAUACCUGUUGAGAGGUCACGAGUGCGCCUGUCUACAUCGGGGGAGGAAAAGUCUGACUACAUAAAUGCAUCGUACAUUUCAGGUUACAGGCAGCACAGCGAGUUCAUCAUUACCCAGAAUCCUCUGCCUGGCACCAUAAAGGAUUUCUGGAGGAUGAUAUGGGACCACAAUGCCCAAAUCAUCGUGUCACUCCAAGGGACACCAGCAAGUGGGAUGGAGGAGGAGGCAGAGUUGUGUGACUUCUGGCCCAACAAAGGGAAGCCAAUCAGAUAUGAGAUGUUCACUAUCAUGCAGAGGAGCGAGGAUCAUGUCUGCCUGGCCAACGAGGACAUGCUGGUGGUCCAGGAGUACAUACUCGAAGCUACACAGGAUGACUAUGUUCUGGAGGUGAAACACUUCCGCGUCCCCUGCUGGCCAAACCCGGACAGUCCUGUGAGCAACACCUUUGAAGUGCUGAACCUGGUCAACGACGAAAAUAUUGCCAAGGACAGUCCUACUGUUGUCCACGAUGAUGUGGGUGGAGUCACAGCAGGAACAUUCUGCGCCUUAUUGUCUCUGACUCGCCAGCUGGAGGCCGAAGGGUCAGUCGACGUCUUCAAAGUGGCCAAACUGACAAAUCUCAUGAGACCAGGAAUCUUUAGCGACAUUGAGCAGUACCAGUUCCUAUACAAAGCCAUGAUGAGUCUCAUUGGGACACAAGAAGAUAAGGAAGUACUCCAGUCUUCCGACAUCAACGGAACCAUCGUGGUGGGAACUGCUAGCACUGCAGAGAGCCUUGAAUCCCUGGUUUAACUGCCCCCCGCCCCCACACACACAAAAAAGAAAAACCCUCAAAGAACUUUACACUUUUACAAAUGAGCAACAGCCUUUACUUCUCAACCACCAUCAGAAGAAGUACUGUUGAUUCCACGCUACAGCUUCUUUACACAAAAAUCUUUCAGGACAGUGUGUGUUGUAGUUUGAGUCUGGCAUGUACUGAACAACUUUUUUCUUUGCUGUAUCUGGACUCCCUCUACUUUUUUUACAGUGUGCCUUUUUGUAUUUUCACCCUGUACGUCUAACUUUGAUAAGAGCUGUCAAUUAACAGUCCAAUGUUUUAACGCUGUACUGACCAGAGAUGUUUCACUCAACUAACAAACUUUUCCUAAACCUUUGUAUUUAUUGGCACUGAGCCAAAUGGGUAAAAGGGAAAAAUCCCAUCUUUUUACAUCAAAUGAGAUAUUUUGCUAGUGUUUCUUUUAUAGAGCUUGUGCGCUGAACUCCUCUUUGUAAAAGACCAUCGCAAUGGUAGCAGCAGUGUUCUAUUGAAGUCAAAUAUGAAAUAAGGGCCUGAAAUAAUAAAAAAUAAUAAUAAUCUAAUGUAAAUAAUAUUAUAGUAAUCACCUUGAUGGACCAAAUUUCUAUUUAUACUUUUAGAUUUUUAAUUUUACCAUUUUUAGUGCAUUCAAAUGUUGUGGUUUAAUUCUAAUUGCUUAGUUGCAGAAGAUUAAUGCUUUUAUAUUCUGGAUUUUGUAACAGACUAAAUGUGAUGCAUGGGGUACUGACAUUUUGGUUUUUUAGCUCGACAUGAAACACUGCUGGAUUAAUAGCUAGGCUAUUAAAUAAGUGAAACACCAAAGAAGGAGCCUGUUUAGCUGUUUUCUUCCUCUGUACAGAACUUCAACUACAAAUACACUGCAGGUAAACCGCAAGAACACAUUUUGAACAACCAAGGAUCCAUGUGUUUAAUGAAGGAAGGGUUAAUCACAAUAUACAUUAUCGCAAGGCACUUUAAGGUCGAGACUAAACAAUAUUACAGAGAAAGCCAACAGUUCCAAUGAGCAGCACUUGCCAACUGCAAGGAGAAAAAAUUAAAUUUUAACAGUGAGAAAUUUUUAGCAGAACUGGACUCAGGAGAGAAAUGGGGGAGAGAGGAGAGGUUGGUGGAAAGGGCGGGAGAGAAGAAAGAGAGAAGAAAGAGAGACUAGAAACAGUUGUGUAAACCUUUGUUUUUAAGUUCUGUCAGACUGGUUCUUAGGAUGACAACAAUGAUGCAGAUGUAAUGAUGUUGUUAAUGGUAAUAUGAAUAAUUAUGGAGAUAAUAAUAAUAAUAAUAAUAGAGUAGUGUCGGAUCUGGAUCCUGCAGCAUUAGAGUGAGACAUACCUGCAAAUGUGGAGAGAGAGAGAGACGCUCAAUGCAGAAUGAGUUCCCCAGCAGUGGAGGCCUAUAGCAACAUAACUAAGGGAUGGUUCAGGACUUACUAUAGAAAUGCUAAAACAGGAGAAACAUGAUCUGUUUUUCUAAUUCCGUUUGGAUUAACUGGAGGCUUUUCACGGCUUAUUACAUGUCACCCAGGCCUUUAUGUCUUUAUGACAAUCCUGAAGUUUGUCUACCUGAUAAGUUUCAUCUGGCUUUAUAGAUAAAUACAGCUGGGUAUCAACUUCGUUGCAAUGGAAAUGUAUGAGGUGCAUUCUGAUAAUAUUGCCUUAGGGAAGCAUAUAUAAAGUGGAAAAUAUUGGUCCCAGCACAGAACCUUGUGGAACUCCAUGACUAACUUUUGUAUGGUGGAAGAGUUGUUGUCUACAUUAACAAACUGAAAUCUAUCUGAUAAGUAUGAUUUAAACAAUUCUAGUGCUGUUCCUUAGUCUCUGUAAUAAAAUGUUGUGAUCAAUGGU